CGAGGGACGCUCGCCGACCAGGGUGGACGCGCGCCUGUACGUACGUGUGUGCCGCCGAGCCGAGCGAGCCGAGAUACCAGCGCGGCUCACGCAUGCCCGCCAACGCGUCGCGACAGUGCAGUGAAACAAACCAGUGAUUGUGUGAACGAACCGCCGCGAGUGCGAGUGAGCAGGAGGAGUGUUAUGUUGUGAUAGUGAAGUUUACCUUUGUGAUUGUUGUGUAAAGCUGCCAAGCUGUACGCACAAGACGAUAUGUUGACCAUGGAGACGGACCUCAAGGGAGGCAGCCUGCACGCGACGGUGCCCCCGCACCACGGCCUGCACGUGCACGGCCACACGUCGUACCUGCCGCUGCACGGACACAUGCACAUGCAGCAGCAGCCGCAGCACCAACCCCCGCCGCUGUCGCCUCCGCUGCAACAGCAGCACCACCAGCACCCCAUGGCGCAGAUGGGCCACCAGCCGCACCAGGGCGGGCAUCAGGGCGGCCACCAAGGUGCCCACCAAGGCGCCCACCAGGGUGCUCACCAGGGCCACCAGCACCACGUGCAGCCGUCGCACAGCCCGCUGGGCCACCACAGCCCCCUGGGCCACCAGAGCCCCCUGCAGAGCCCGCUGGGCCACAGCCCCCUGGGCCACCACAGCCCUCUCCACCAAAGCCCCAUCGGCAUGCCCCCGCAGCACGGGCUGGGCGCGGCCCACCAGCAGCACCACCACCAGCAGCCCCACAACAACAACAACACCACCAAGGCCAACCAGAACGUGGACCGAGUCAAGCGGCCCAUGAACGCCUUCAUGGUGUGGUCGCGGGGGCAGCGGCGCAAGAUGGCGCAGGACAACCCCAAGAUGCACAACUCGGAGAUCUCCAAGCGGCUGGGCGCCGAGUGGAAGCUGCUGUCCGAGUCGGACAAGCGGCCCUUCAUCGACGAGGCCAAGCGGCUGCGCGCCGUGCACAUGAAGGAGCACCCCGACUACAAGUACCGGCCGCGCCGGAAGACCAAGACGCUGCUCAAGAAGGACAAGUACCCCCUGGGCGGCGGCCCCCUGCUGCCCGGCGGCCAGGACCCGUCCCGGACGGUCGGCGGCGCGCAGCAAGCCGGCCGCGACAUGUACCCCAGCCUGACCAACGGGUACAUGCCCAACGGCUACAUGAUGCCCAGCGACCCCAGCGGCUACCAGCAGCACUACGGCUACCCGCGGUACGACAUGGGGCAGAUGCAGCACAACUCGCUCAACUACAUGAACGGCUCGUCCUACGGCAUGUACUCGUCGCCGACGACCGUCCCCGGCCCCGCGGGGUCGCCCUACCAGAUGCAGCAGCCCGGCUCGCAGAUGUCCUCAUCGCACAGCCCGAGCGGGAGCAGCAUCAAGUCCGAGCCCGUGUCCCCCUCGCCCGGCCCCAGCCCCGUCGUCGUCAAGCGGGAGUACACCUCAAACCAAGGCACCGGGGGCGCGCCCACGGGGCCACCCACCCCCGGCGGCAACGGCGGCACCCCAACCGGCGACCUCAACCGCUUCAUCUCCAUGUACCACCUGCCCGACCCCGAGCAGCAGAGGCUGCAGCAGAUGCAGUACCAACAGCACCAACAAGAACACAUGGGUUUGUCUCACAUGUAGGACGUGGGGCGGGGCCUCCGCGCCCUGCCCGAGUGCUGAUGGUGCCAUCCUCCGUGACCCCUUGUUUACCCCCUCCCCCUUGCUUAUUUGUUAAGACCGAGACUGUGAUGUGUGCUAAGUUAACUCGUAUAUUAGUUAGGUCGUCUAUUUGUGUUCCAUUAAGUUUGAGUGUUUUAUUAUUAUUGGUGGUCCUCGUUGUGUUUAGUUUUUUCUUUGAAAGUGAUGACGAAAAGUUUGGCGGAAAGCUGUGUCUAGUCGCGGCUAUAUACCAGAUAUGGGAGUCCCUGUUGCCUUUUCCAUUCUGUUUUAUUGAAAAGAUGAAAAAGUUAAGUUCAAUGAAAAAAGCAAGUCGUUCGUUCUUGUUCAUACAACUUUUAGAUUGCUUUUUAGAAAACGUUAUAACCUCAUAUUAUGAAUUCUCAAGAAAUCUCAGUCAUUGUUCGAGUCACCAUUUAAGAAUUCACAAAGAGAGUUAUCAAACCAGUGAUUUUUAUUAUUGCUACUCCGUUGUGGGUACCAGUUCGUUGUUUCUUUUGUUGAAAUCCUUGUACAAAUGCAAUAUUAUCAACAAGCUGAUGAUUGGGGAAAUUUGUAUGAGAUAGGGAUAUUCUAAGACUGUUGACUUACGUGCUUAAACAUAGUGAGACAAAGUAAGCGGCAAUUUGCUGCGGGCCGUUCACUGCUAUCGCGCUCCGCGGAGAGUCCCUGUUCUUUUUUGUUUUUCCCCCUCGUCUUUCUCCCUCACGCCCUUCUUUUCUUCCCUUACCGCGAUUUUAUUGUUGAUCUCAUUGUUAGGCCCCUGCGCCUCUGUUUGUUUCUGUGCCAAAUUUCGCGCGUAACGUACUAUUUUGUUUUUAUUUUCUCUUCAAUUUCCUUUGAUUGCCGCUCUCUCUCUCUCUCCCUGGGGCGCGUUUCCAGUGAGCCGGCCCAACCCGCCCGUCGCCUCGCCCGCCCGACCGCUUGACCGCUCCUCCUCGGGUGCGCCCUCUCCGUGUCAUAUACUUAUGCCCUGCCCGCGACGCCCCCCGCCGAGGCCCCGCCGCGCCCCGCCGCCUGCUCGGAGACCCGCACGCAGGGCGGCGCGGGCGGCCCGGGCGCUGUCCGGGGCGCGUCGCCAAGGCUUUCGCAAUGCGAGAUUAAAAAAAAAAAAAACUUGUAGAUUUCUAACGAGAAGCAUUUCCGACGCGCCACGUCCAGAGCCACCUCACGAUCGCCUGCUAGUGAUAAUUUAGUCAAUGCACCGCGGCCCUUUUCCGAGAACGGACGGGGCCGGCGGGCGCCUUUAGUUAGUGAUAAUUAGUAUUCUUACUAUUC